GAGGUGUCUCUGGCUGGCGGGUUAGCUGGAUUGUGACUCUGAGGGCCACUAUCUCGCCUAUUUCUUGCCUCCCAAAUGCUCUCUUUCACAAUCUCAAAAUUCCUCCUCCUUUUCUCUUCUUGCUUUGGAGCAUCUGCUCUGCCACUCUUGAAGAAACGCAGUACAACCAAGAGAGGUGCCUUUUUCAUUUGAUCCAAGAAUGGCUGAAACUGAUGAAAUCCAACCCCUUGUCUGCGACAAUGGAUCUGGAAUGGUUAAGGCUGGAUUUGCAGGGGAUGAUGCCCCUCGUGCUGUUUACCCCAGUAUUGUUGGCAGACCAAGGCAUACUGGUGUGAUGGUUGGUAUGGGGCAGAAGGAUGCAUAUGUUGGAGAUGAAGCUCAGUCCAAGAGGGGUAUUUUGACUCUCAAAUACCCCAUUGAGCAUGGCAUUGUGACCAAUUGGGAUGAUAUGGAAAAGAUCUGGCAUCACACAUUCUUCAAUGAGCUCCGAGUCGCCCCAGAGGAGCAUCCUGUUCUUCUCACUGAAGCACCACUUAACCCCAAGGCAAAUCGGGAGAAAAUGACACAGAUAAUGUUCGAGACUUUCAAUGUGCCUGCCAUGUAUAUUGCAAUUCAGGCAGUGCUUUCUCUGUAUGCAAGUGGACGAACAACUGGUAUUGUGCUAGAUUCUGGUGAUGGUGUUACACACACUGUCCCAAUCUAUGAGGGAUAUGCUCUGCCUCAUGCCAUCCUCAGACUGGACCUUGCAGGGCGUGACCUGACUGAUGCACUGAUGAAGAUCCUUACAGAACGUGGGUACACUUUCACCACAACAGCAGAGCGAGAAAUUGUCCGUGACAUGAAGGAGAAAUUGGCCUAUGUGUCUCUUGAUUAUGAAAAGGAGUUGGAGACUGCAAAAAGUAGCUCUUCACUGGAAAAGAGCUAUGAGCUUCCUGAUGGUCAGGUGAUCACCAUUGGUGCAGAAAGGUUCAGAUGUGCAGAGGUCCUGUUCCAGCCAUCUUUAAUAGGAAUGGAAGCUGCUGGCAUCCAUGAGACUACAUACAAUUCCAUUAUGAAGUGUGAUGUGGAUAUUCGUAAAGACUUGUAUGGGAAUGUCGUGCUCAGUGGUGGGUCCACAAUGUUCCCUGGAAUUGCAGAUCGAAUGAGUAAGGAAAUUACUGCAUUAGCUCCCACUAGUAUGAAGAUUAAGGUUGUGGCACCUCCAGAAAGGAAAUAUAGUGUCUGGAUUGGAGGAUCUAUUUUGGCUUCUCUGAGUACUUUCCAGCAGAUGUGGAUUUCAAAGGCAGAGUAUGAAGAGUCUGGUCCAUCAAUUGUUCACAGGAAAUGCUUCUAGAGGGUCUGGAUGUUUGGGAUUUUUAUCCUCCAUGAGAAGCCAUAGUGUGUACCUCUGUAAUUUUAGUAUGGAUGGAUUAUUAGUAUUGUAAAGAGAGGAAUUCCGUUUCUAUUUGUAACAGAACCUUUCCUAUGUUAGUUUUGGACAGAACCUUUCCUAUGUUAGUUUUGGUUCUUGGAGUCUUCCUGGUUUUGGAUCGAGGGAAAUAUUUUAAGCUAUUUCUGCUGGAUUGCAUUAAAUCCUACUAGUUUUCUACUUUUAGUCCCCUUUUGAGCUGUAUUCAUUAUCUCUUCUCGUGACAUAAUUUUAUAUGAAGUGGGAGAUUUUUUUUAGCAAGAA